CCGUGCGGCCGCCAUUCCCCUGCCCGGGGCCGCCCCAGCCAGGUGCAGCUGGCGCUGCCUAGAGCUCCACUGACAGGCUGAAUGGGGGGGUGCCAAAUCUGUGCCCCACCGGCCAUGCUUGGGGCUAGUGCCAGCCGCCUCGGGGCACCCUGCAGCAGCAGCGAUGUUUGCAGGUGCCUAGCACCGCGCCAGGGCUGGGCAGGCUGCGAUUGCCGAUCUCAGAGGUUGUCUGACCCCCGACAGGCCCCUCCGUGCCCGCCCUGCCCUGCCCUUGGCAUCACAGCUCUUUGCCCACUACCAGGAGGAAAGCCGUGAACACAAAAAAGACCCAGUCAAGUCUCCAGGAGAGAGAGCACAGCGUGUGCCUCUCCUCUGCAACAUGUGGCUGUGUUUAUGUGGGCACAUGCACGCACCACCAGCUUCUGCUUGAUGAAAUCCAAACUGGCGCUGUGUGGCCUACGCCCUGUACUGCUAAGAGGUACUGAGGAUUCCCCUUUAGCUGAAAGGAUGUGACCCUGUGGUUUCAGAACAGCAGAGUCCACGUUCUCUCCUCGCAGUCACCCCUGGAUUUGCCCGAGUUGGGUGAGAGGCGCUGUGCUGGGUGCAAUUCCCUAGUGAUCGGAGAAACAAUCUGAUCUUUUUUUUCUGUACAUAGAUUUAAAUAACAUUUCCCUGCUUCUCCCCACCCCCAAAUCAAGCGAUUUCUGAUUUCUUCUUCCCCCUGCCCUUGGAUUUUCGGCACCGGGUCUCCCCGAUGGCCUUUGGCAGCAGGGAGCUGCUGCUGCAAUCGCUCCAGAAACACUCCGGUUAUUAAGCUCCAAUCUGCCAUGAAAGGGCAAGCGGCCAGGGAGGGGCAGAUCCCCCCCCUCUGUGUGCAGCAGGGCUGCCUGUGGCAACUCCCCCCUGCCCCAAUUACUCUAGUGGGAGGUGCCAGACUGGCAGAGGAACGACCCACCCCCUGGAAUAUUAAGGCAUCCCCUGGGCAGAGUGCCCCACACAGCCGGCGAGGACAGAGAGUGGCAUGAGACAAGCUCCUGAGUCUCCAGUGUGACCAGCGGCACCGUCCAUGAUCCCUGGGGCGAUGAGCAAAGUGCUGCAGCGGUGCCCCCCUUUGGGCUCCCCUCACCCCCCUGAGGGGCAGGGCCAGGGAGCCCCAGACUCCCCCGCUGACCCAGAGGGCUCAGGCUGGCAGGACUUGCCCAACGCCCGGGCGGGCUUGCUGCUGUCCCUGCUCUACCUCGUGCUGCUGACCUUCCUGGGCAGCGCCGUCCUGCUGGCCGAGAUUCACCAGCGCAGCCCCCAGAGCCGCAACGUCCACGGCUUCCUGGCCACGCUCAUGCUCACGUCCUGCGCCUGGAUGCUGUGGUUCGGCUGGCGCUCCUCCCAGAACAAGAGCCGGAAGCUGCACCAGGACCACCACGCCGGGGCCAGCUGGCUGAAAGGCGGGCUCUCGCUCUUUGCCCUGGCCACGCUGGUGCUGGACUGCCUGUCCUUGGGGUAUUACUACGAGCUGCAGCACUGCACCUCCGUCCUCAUCACCGCCUUCCCUGUCGUGCAAGCAGUGUUCACCAUCAUCCAGGUGUCUCUGCUGUCCUUCCACGCCAAGGUCUGCAUCCAGGAGCAGCAGUGUCUCAACAGGUUUGGCCUGAUGCACACGCUGGCCACCAAUGUGCUCAUGUGGAUGAGCGCAGUGCUGGACGAGUCCAUGAAGCAGCUGCAGGAGAUCUACGACGCCCACGAGACGGAGAGCCCCUGGCCCGGGCAUGGGAAUUCGCCUACCAACAGCUGCUCAUGCGCCACCAGCUUGUGCCACAUCUUUUCCGAGGGCGCCGCCUACCUGCAUCCCUUCAACAUUGAGUUCAGCCUCUUCUCUUCCACCAUGCUCUUCGUGGUGUGGAAGAACACGGGGCAGGCGGCCUGUCGCCGGCAGCCCCACCCAUGCCCCAGGGGCCGCUUCCACCUCAGCGGGGCCUUCGUGGGGCUGGUGCUGGGGGCACUGGCCAUCUCAGCCACCUUCGGGGUGAUGAUCUCCUUCGGAGUGCUGGCCAAGGCCCCUGAGACGGUCCCUGAGGCCCUGCGGACCUACUACAUCUUCAACUCAGUGCUGCUCUCUGCCAUGUUCCUGGCCUCGCUGGUCGGCAUCGCCGCCUACCGGCUCCAGAGAGACCCGGCCUCCACCGACUGCUCCAAGAGCAUGGUGCGGAGCCUGGAUGUCACCCUCUUGCUGGGCAGCUCCUGCGGGCCCCUGAUGGUCUCCGUCUUCUCCCUGGUGGCCAUCUUCUUCCUGCACAUCAACGGGAGCCUCCACCUCCUAGACCUCUGCUUCUCCCUCUGCAAGACCAUCCAAGUGUUGGGCCAGAACCUCUUCAUCACCGAAGCCCUUUACUCCAGGCCCACCCACCAGCCAGAUGCCCCCGACAGCCCCCCAGGCAACGAAUGGGUCUUCUCCAUUUCCGGAGGCCACGCCGAAGAGCCGGUCCAGCAGGACAUGGUUGCCCGCCAUGAGAAUAACUGCGCCAUCUGCCCGGCCAGCCGCCACACACCAGCCAGGAUGGUGGCCCAGCUGGAGGAGCAGGUGCCGGGGUGCUGGCUGGCCUGCAGGAGCAGCAAUGACUCCCUUGCCAAAAUCCCCUCUGGGGGCCAGCGGUCUUGGCCCAGAGGGGAGCCGAAACACGUCAGCAUCCGGAGGAAGGUCCUGCAGAACAUCUCCAUCCUCCUCAUCUUCUACAACAUCUCGGUGUGGAUCCUCUAUGCCUACGGGACGCGGCCGCACCUGGUGAGCCAGAUCGAGCAGGCCUUCUAUGGCUUCACCCUCUGGGUCAUCAUCGUCAAGAUCUCCCUGCCACUGGGCAUCUUCUACCGCAUGCAUUCGGUGGCCAGCCUCUUCGAGGUGUACUGCAAAACCUGCUGACCACCAGCCGGGGGUGGACCCCGUUCUGUUGGGCAGAGGCUGCCCAGGGCAGGCGGCGGGGAGAGGGACAGGCGGGGACGACUGCUGCACAGAGAGUUGGUGUGGCACCUACACACACACACAUACAGACAUCCUCUGCUUCACGCACACACACAACGCACCCCCUCUGACUCGUCCACACAAACACACCGUCUGAUACGUGCACCCUUACUCUGACCCACCUGCAUAGUCCUGCGUGUGCACCCAUCACACUCCCAGGUACAUGUACCCCAGACACUCUCCCAUAUACACACUGUAGUGUGCACCAAUCCCUCCCACACACUUGCUUCACAAUAUCAACAGUGAUUUAUUACGCUGCUCAUCUAGAGAACUUUCCACCUGCAGAUUUCAACACACCCUAAAAUCUGCCAGGAAUUUAGCCUCACAAUUCCCGUGCAGGGUGGCCCUAUGUUAUCACCCUCCUUAGGGAAACUGAGUCACAUCAUGUGACUUGUGGCAGAGAGGGGAGUAGCAUCAGCCUCAAUAAAUCACCCCUUUAUAUUGACUGCAGCUGAAACUCAGCACUUCGAUGGCAUGAGAGACUCCGGUGCUAGGCUGUGUUUGUACCCUGGUUCCACACAAUCUUUUGGAUUGUUUUAAGGGGUGCAGAAUAGUAACUUUAUGUCUCUCCAGCUCUUUUCAUCCUGUGCAUUAGGAGUUGCACUAGACUGGAACCUGAAGGAGCUGGCCUGAUUAAUCUCACAUGGGAAAUGCAGCUGCCUCUGGGGUGGAACACAGCAGCCACGUCUCUACUGGCAGCUCCAAGCAACAGGCUUUAAGAGAUGAAGAACAGGCCAAAUUAAUCCCUGAUCUAACUCCCCGGAGGCUAAUAAUUUAGACUGGUGCCCCUAAUUCGUUUUUAAUCAAUAUUUGUAGUGAGCAUCAUUCAGAGGAAAAUACAGAAAAGUAUCCCCUGGGAGGGGUCUUAAGGGAAAUGUUAUGAUUUUAUUUGAAUGACUUUGUUAUAGUGCAAGUGUUAGAGCAAGGCACCAGAGCCCUGGGGGGAAAUCUGUCUUUUCUUAAUAGCAAAUUUCACUGAUUAUUAUAUUAAAGUCUAUUUUAAAAGAACCACCCACUUGUGAUUGUUACAGAAAUACAACAAGUAGAAGCACAUUCA